AUGUCUUCUCAGCAACGCCGUGUUGAUCAGAAAAUCUGGCAGUGCUGUGCAGGCAGUUCCGUUAAAAUUCCAAAACUAUAUUCUCAUGUUUACUACUUCCCAUUAGGGCACUUAGAACACAUAUGUCCAUCCCCAAACCCUAACACACUGUCCCAUCUUGACCGUUCCCGUCCAUUCAUUCUCUGCACAGUCUCCGCGGUUGAUCUACUCGCUGACCUUUGUACCGAUGAAGUCUUCGUCAAACUACUCCUCACUCCUGUCACUAACAAAGGUGUUCACGAACCUCACUCUCUUGAGGUUCGUGAAGACAAAGAUGAUGACAAAAAGGUUGUUUCCUAUUCCAAGACUCUCACCCCAUCUGAUGCUAACAAUGGCGGUGCAUUCUCUGUGCCAGUGGAAUGCGCGAAAUUAAUCUUCCCGCCACUUGACCUCAAUACUGAAAAGCCGUUUCAAGAACUCUCCAUCAGUGACAUUCACGGCAAAGUUUGGAAGUUUCGCCAUGUUUACCGUGGGACUCCCUUGCGACAUCUGCUUACCACUGAUUGGAGUGAGUUCGUUGACAAGAAGAGACUAGUUGGCGGUGAUUCCUUAAUUUUCAUGAAAGACUCAGAUGGAAAUAUCUCAGUCGGGGUUCGCCGACAGACUAAGUUUGGUGGUGCUGCUAAGAUAACAGAAAAAUCGUUUACGGAGGCAGUGGAAUUGGCGGAUAAGAACUUGGCUUUUGAAGUUGUGUAUUAUCCAACGGCUAAAGGUUGGUGUAAUUUUGUUGUUGAUGCCAAAGUUGUGGAGGAUGCAAUGAAUAUUAGUUGGAGUCUUGGAGUGAGAAUUGAACUUUCUUCGAAGAAUUACGAUUCUUCAAAGAGAUGCUCAAAAUUUGAGGGAACAAUAUCUGCUCUAUCUGCUCCUAAUUGUCCAUGGCGGAUGCUUGAGGUUAAAUGGGAUGAACCUAAAGUCUCGCAGGUUCCAGAGCGAGUCAGUCCUUGGGAGGUUGAAACUAUUUCCGACAUAUUUGCACUGCAUCCACAAUUCCACCCGACAAAAAAGCUUAAAAAAUCUGAUCCAGAUUCUGCUGCAUUCAGUGAUAAAAAGGGAGACUCCUUCAUCCCAAAUAUAGAGGCUUUUUUGAAGAUGGUCCCAAAUAUAGAGUUUAAACAUUUCGUGAUGACAUCCUCUAAUCAAACAUUGUUGAACAAUGAUGCUUUUCUUGAUAGCAUGCAGGGCGCCAGGCACGGACUUUUUUCCACAUCAACUUCUUCCAACUUUGGGAAUGAUAAAAGCAAUGGUUUCCUUGGGAAUAAUUCUAUGGCAGUGUCGAGUAAUGUGUCAAGUGAGCCAAACACUGCAGCUCCUAUAUCUUUGGACUUGUCACCUCAUAGCCAUGAUAUUUCCAACUCUCGUGGGACAAAGUUUGCCGGUACUGACAGCAGCACCGAGAAAGUAAGUCCUGGUUCAUUUAUGCUAUUUGGUAAAAUCAUAAAACCUGUUAGAAGCGAUUUUCAAGAAUUCGAUAUCAAGGGAAAUGAUGAUUGUGAAGGCUCCAAUGAAAUUGAAGGCAUCAAACUUGCACAAAAAUAG